AUGUUCGGCAUCCUGAACCUCGACACGACCAAGCUCAAGCCGUGGGAAUGGGCGUUCUUCUUCGUGAUCCUCGGCAGCGGGCUGAUGAUCACCCCGAUCGGCCUGUUCCUCAACUACUGGGAGCGCAACGGAAAAAGCCGUCGAUUCCAGCGCCGCGUCUUUUUCCAUCUCCAGGAAAAAGCCCUCCUCAAGCUCGCCAAGGAGCACGAGGCGAAAGAAAAAGCUGGUGUCGCCAAGGCCGAGACGAAAGUUGAGCUGACGCACAGCCGCGAGCUGUUGAUCCCCGAGCAGAGCGACCUCUUCAACCCCAAC